AUGGACACGUACACGAAACUCGAAGGCAAAAUGUCAGUCAAGAUCCACGAGCUCCAGGGCCAAGUUGCCUAUUACGAAGGCAAGUUCAAGGAGGUGGACCACCUUCGCCGGCUCGACUUGGACGAGCUUGAACACUUGCGUCACCGUAUUCAGGGACUCGAAGACUCCCGUGAUGACAGCCGGGCGGCACAACUACGUCUUCAGCAAGAGGUUGCGAUGACACGGUCCGCGCUCAUCGAGCAAGAGGCCACCGUAGUCCAACGAGACAAAACAAUCGCACACCUCGAGUCCGAGUACCGCCUCGUCACGGAUGACUAUCAGAAAAGAGAGGAGGAAUACGAAGCCUCAUCGAAGGCACAGCAUCGGCAAAUAGAAGAGCUCAAAGCCACGAUUGCACAGCUGGAGGAAGUAUCGCGGCAGCAUGUGCAGCGCGACGGUGAGAGGGACCGCGUCGUCGAGCUGCUUCGAAUCGAACUUCGUGCCGUGCAGGACGCACACAACGAUGGCGAGGCCCAACUUGCAGCCCUGGGCUUGGUCGCACAAGACUCGGCUCAAGCAGUGGCGCGACUAACGCAAGAGGUUGCCGACGCGCGAGCCGCAACGACGCUCCUCCGCGAGUCCGCGGACGAAGAACGUCGCGUCUGGGCACAAUAUGAAGGCGAAAAAGAGAGGCUCAUAGUCGAGACGCAGAGCCUUGUCACUCGCCAGGACAAGCACCUCGACUGGAGCUGUCGCCGCCUCGAUCGCGCAUGCGACCUGCAGCUGCAGCAAAUCGUCUUCGUGACAUGGAACUUGACCAUGCAACGUGCCAAGAACACGCACAUGGCUCUCCAGCUUCAGCGGCCGUGCUGGAGCGCGACGUAG